GAGUUAUUUUGGCCGCGUUGCUAUUUGGACGUCGCCGCCGCAUUUCUCGCUUACCUUCCGAUUCGUGGAUUCGCACCUGCAUUUUCGCGUCCUGCCUGAAAACAAAAAAUAAUUGUAAACACCCCCUUACCAACUCCACCUCCUCUUCCGCUGCCAAAUUUGGACAAUUGCAAAAGUUUGUCUACAGUGAAACGUGAAAUCUCUUAUUUUACCUGGGCAAAAAAUAAAAACAAAACAAAUCAAAUAUCUCUGUGCUGUUCGAGGCGUAUAAUUUUGUGUGUAUUUUUGCGCCUGAACCGGUGAACAACUAGCGGCAGAUCACAUCACAUCAACAGAAUGGGCAAGGCGGAGUGCAUUAGCUACGAUGAGCAGCAGUUGCCCUAUAUCGAUCUGGGUUCGGCACAGAUCCGUAUGGAGAAGGAUGCAGCACCGGUGUGGGCCUUAAAAAAGGCGCAGGACGAGCUGAGGGAAGUGGACGGUGUCAAGGAGCAGGCCAUCAAGGACCUCAGGGCACUCAUUCAAAAUGAAAAGUACUUGAACCUUCCUCUGGAUGAUGAGUACAUGAUGAUGUUCCUGCGUCCCACCCAUUAUUAUCCAGAAAGUGCCUUGAAAAGACUCAAGAACUUUUACCACAUGAAACUGAAGUACGGAAUCGCUUGUGAGAACAUAAUUCCCAGCAAGUUGCGAAAUGUUUUCGAGGCCAAUAUUCUGAAUUUGCUGCCCCAAAGAGAUCAGCAUGGUCGUCGUCUUUUAGUGUUGGAAGCAGGCAAAAAAUGGAAGCCAUCUCAAGUGCCUUUGGUGGAUUUGUUCCGUGGCAUUCAAUUGACCGUCUUGGGAUCCAUGGUGGAGCCCUAUUCACAAAUUUGCGGAGCAGUUGUUAUUAUCGAUAUGGAGGGUCUGCCACUUAGCCACAUUACCCAAUUUACACCGUCGUUUGCCGCCAUGUUGCUGGAUUAUAUUCAAGAAUGCAUCUGCAUGCGUUUAAAGGCAGUUCACAUAGUGAAUAAUUCAUAUAUAUUCAACAUGCUUUUUGCGAUAUUCAAGCCAUUCAUUCGCGAGAAGUUGCGCAAGAGGAUCUUCUUCCAUGGCAAGGACUACAAGUCCCUGAUCUCCCACAUCGAGGCUAGCGCCUUGCCUCCAAAAUACGGUGGCUCUGCCACUUGGGAACUGCCGCCUGGUAAACUAUUGGGAGAAUUCUUUGAGUGCUACGCCAAGGAUUAUGAACUGGCUGACAGCUAUGGGUAUACAGAGGGCUAUAAAAUGAAGAAGUAAAAGUACAAGAAGAACAGAAAAAUACACACAAUCCUCAAUUAACCGUUUUGAUUCGUAUUUUAGUCACUUAAGUUGGGUCAUUUGUGAUAUUGCAAAUAUUGUCGUACGUUAAGUCUUAGUCUCUUUGCCCUUAAAAAUUAAGGUUCAAAAAAAGUGUUUUCAUAAUAUGAAUUAAUAUGAAUUUCAUAUUAAUUGGCAAGCUCAUGAUUAAAGCAAAGAUUUUGCUCAGCAUUAAACUUGAUACCAUGUGUACUAUAUAUUUUGUAAAAUUGUUAUUGAAAUAAUAAAGAUGAAAACAUUUGUUAAAAAAUGA